CCAAUCGUUGGCCCGAUGGGCGGAGCCGCGCUGCAACUGCGUAUUGGGCGGGGCCGGGCCGGGCCGGGCUCGGAAGCGGCGAUGGCGGGGCUGGUGGGUGUCGCGCUGCUUGUGCUGCUCGUGGGAGCGGCGCAGUCGGGGCCGGGGGCUCCGAGCCGCUACACCCCGGACUGGCCGAGCCUGGACUCCCGGCCGCUGCCGGCCUGGUUCGACGAGGCCAAGUUCGGGGUGUUCGUGCACUGGGGCGUGUUCUCGGUGCCGGCCUGGGGCAGCGAGUGGUUCUGGUGGCACUGGCAGGGCGAGGGGCUGCCCGCCUACCAGCUCUUCAUGCGCGACAACUAUCCGCCCGGCUUCAGCUACGGCGACUUCGGGCCGCAGUUCACGGCGCGCUUCUUCCACCCGCACGAGUGGGCCCAGCUUUUCCAGGCCGCGGGGGCCAAGUAUGUGGUCUUCACCACAAAACAUCAUGAAGGCUUCACAAACUGGCCCAGUCCGGUGUCUUGGAACUGGAACUCUAAGGACGUGGGCCCCCACCGAGAUUUGGUGGGGGAGUUGGGAGCGGCUCUCCGGAAGAGGAACAUACGCUAUGGUCUCUACCACUCACUCUUAGAGUGGUUCCAUCCACUGUACCUACUUGAUAAGAAAAACAACUUCAAAACUCAGCACUUUGUCAGUUCCAAAACAAUGCCAGAGCUGUAUGACCUUGUUAACAGCUACAAGCCUGACCUCAUCUGGUCUGAUGGCGAGUGGGAAUGUCCCUAUACCUACUGGAACUCCACCUAUUUUCUUUCCUGGCUGUACAAUGAUAGCCCUGUGAAGGAUGAAGUGGUAGUAAAUGACCGUUGGGGAAAGAACUGCUCCUGUCACCACGGAGGGUACUACAACUGCCAAGAUAAAUUCGUGCCCGGGAGCUUGCCCGAUCACAAGUGGGAGAUGUGUACCAGUCUGGACAAGGGGUCCUGGGGUUACCGGCGAGACAUGAACGUGGCGGACGUCUUGAGCGAGUCUGAAGUCAUUUCGGAACUGGUUCAGACCGUCAGUCUGGGAGGCAACUAUCUUCUCAACGUGGGGCCCACUAAGGAUGGACUGAUCGCCCCCAUCUUCCAAGAGAGGCUCCUUGCGGUGGGAAAGUGGCUGCAGGUCAGCGGGGAGGCCAUCUACGCCAGCAGGCCCUGGCGGGUGCAGCGGGAAAAGAACGAGACCUCUGUGUGGUAUACUUCAAAAGACUCAACUGUUUAUGCCAUUUUUCUGCAGUGGCCAGAACAUGAAGUUUUAUAUCUUAAAUCCCCCAUAACUACCUCAACUACAAGGGUAACCAUGCUGGGACUGAAGGAGGAUCUGAAGUGGUCCAAAGACCCGAAUGAAGGUCUGCACAUCUCUCUGCCUCAGUUGCCUUCCUCUGCACUCCCAGUGAAGUUCGCCUGGACUGUGAAGCUGGCAGGGGUGGGGUGACCCUGGAGGUCAGGAGGAGUGGGGCGCUGCCCGGUGUGUGCUGCUUUGAUUUCUCUCUCGCAGAGCCGGCAUCUAAAUAAAGCCACUUGUUUUCCCCACCCAGAGAUGGCCUUUCCCGCACACUUUAAUCCCGAAACUGAGCACCUCACACUGAUGACUAAUGGAGUCAUUGCUAGGGCACUUCCCACUACUCAGCAAAAGAAGGGGCCGCCCGGUGGGGGCGCUCUCCAGGGCAGCCACCUGCGUCCUCUGUUCUGUAACCUGCUUGCCUACUAAGUGACGUCAGACCAAGGACCAGCCCGUCCCACUGUGCCUCCGGGAGUGGGGAGAGAGGCUGGAGAGCUUAACCACAGGCUCUGUUUAAUAUCAGCUGCUCCCCGAAAGCUGAAGGAAGCCAGGAGGGAAAGGAGAACCCUUGCUGGGCGCUAAUGGUCAACUCUUCAGAAGCUUCCAAAGCAAACUACAGCUCUGAAAUCGCCCAUGUUCACAGUGAAGCUAUGAAGACAAAGACUGCCAUUCUACCCCGCCUUUUUCAAUAGGAUUGCAUAGUCUGUAGUCUCAGCCCUUGGGAGGCUGAGGCAGAAGGAUCCUUGCGAGUUUGAGGCCAGUUUGGAGUACAUAGUGAGACUCUCUAAAAAAAAAACAAGUGAAUAAAUCUGUAAGUCUAAUUAUUUCUAACAAAAA